AUGUCUGACAAUUACGGCAGUUAUCAAACGGAGAUCUAUGGCAAGGGCGCCUUGAUGAGCCUGGUGCCCGGAGUAACCACCGACCCCCGCCUGCUAGAGGAGCAAGCCAAAAAGUCUCUGGGCAUCCGUGCAUUCAAUUAUGUCGCCGGUGGAGCAGGCGAGAAAGCGACAAUGGAUAGCAACCGGCUGGCAUUUCGACAGUGGAAGCUAAUCCCUCGGAUGAUGCGAAAUACACCCGAGCAAGACGUUUCGGUCGAGCUCUUCGGCCAGAAAUACGACAACCCCCUGAUCAUGGCCCCGGUCGGCGUACAGGGUAUCUUCCACGAAGACAAGGAGACAGGUCUUGCAGAGGUAUGCGAGGAAGUCGGGGUGCCAUAUACAUUGAGCACAGCGAGCACGAGCUCGAUCGAAGAGGUUGCGACCGCCAAUAAGGAUGGCAAGCGAUGGUACCAGCUGUACUGGCCGAGGGACAACGACGUCACGCUUUCGCUGCUAAAGCGCGCGAAGGAGAAUGGAUUCUCGGUUCUGGUCGUCACCUUGGAUACCUGGUCGCUGGCGUGGCGACCGGCCGAUUUGGAUAACGCCUACGUCCCCUUUAUCAAGGGGGUUGGCAACCAGGUCGGGUUCUCUGAUCCUGUUUUCCGGGCUAAGUUCGAGAAGGAAUCGGGUUCGACGAUCGAGGAGGAUAUUGUUGGUGCUUCGCGCGCUUGGAUUGGUGAUAUUUUCGCAGGGAACCCGCAUUCGUGGGAGGAUUUGGCUUUCUUGCGAAAGAACUGGGAUGGGCCUUUGGUUUUGAAGGGGAUCCAGCAUGUGGAGGAUGCGAAACUGGCGGUAGAGGCUGGAUGCGAUGGUAUCGUGGUCUCUAAUCAUGGUGGCCGCCAAGUGGAUGGUGCUAUUGGGUCCUUGGAUGUCCUCCCGGAGAUUGUUGACGCAGUCGGCGAUAAGAUAACUGUACUUUUCGACUCUGGUAUUCGAACAGGAUCGGAUGUGAUCAAGGCAUUGUGUUUGGGAGCCAAAGCAGUCCUGGUUGGUCGCCCGGUCAUCUACGGGCUGAGCAUCCAGGGCCGAGAUGGGGCCCGGCAGGUACUGAAGGGUCUGUUGGCCGAUUUGUGGCAGAACAUGGGACUAUCAGGAAUUCGCAGAGUAGCAGAUUGCAACCGGGACCAAAUGCGCAAGGUUCAGUAUGGAGGGGAUGUGAAGGCGAUGAUGUAG